AUACAGUAAUAAUCUUCACGGAUUAAUAUAAUUUUCGCUCAACAGAUGGCGAUACGUUAUAUAGCGUUAUUUCGAGGUUUAUCGGUGGGCGAAAACAGCAAUUGUCUGAAAGCCCUACCAACAGGGACUCCAAAUCAAUAUUUUAUAAGGAAAUAUUUCCCCCGAAGAAAAAAAAAAUGUUCUAAGUGAACACUGUACGUACAUGGCCUCCCUUGGCGUCCAUGUAGCUAUAACGUGCCACUGUAUAUAAUAAUAAUACCACUCUGUUCUUUGACGUCCUCAUUUAUAAGGACAUGUCCUCGUUUUGGAGGACAAAACUACUGUCAGCACGAGUUUUUAUGAAUUCUCUGCUUUGUCCGCAUUUCUGGUGACUGUAUUUACUCACUCCGGCGAUACCCCCCUGUCAAAUGUGGCCUGCGAGGUGGUUAAGGCCUCAGCUUAGUCAGCAAUGUCCAUAUUCCAUGUAUACAAGUAUAAGCUACGGCUUUCAUCAUGUAAACUUAGAUUGCUAUUACGCUUUUUUUAUACAUAGACUGUAGCCUUUGCUGGGUGGAAAAGAGAAAAAUACCAGUCAAUUUUUUUUUUCAUCUUGCACCCUAUAGGCUUUUAAUGAUUUAUUUUUGGCUACGAUAGCCUACUGUCCCAUGUAAAAAAUGGAAGAUUUUUCUCAAUUUGUAACAACGUGGCGUUAAGUUCAGAAUUACGAAGUUGGCUUUGAAUGCCCAUAGGAAAAAAAUAGUAGAUAAUCACUUAUACAGUAAAACCUGUCCGAAACGGAACCCGAAUAAGACAGAAACCUCUCUAAACGGAAGAAAUUCUUCGUAACGAAGCUAGUUUUUAUUUAAAAACCUGCUAAACUGGAUGAUAUACUCGAUGGUCCAAAACAUCAGUUGACGAACGUGCCAAAUAUCUCUUUCGAAUUGCAGAUAUUUUAGAGACCAAAGAGAAUGAAUUUAGUGUUGCAGAAUCUAGAGAUCAAGGCAAACCAAUAUGGAUUGCAAAAAGAGUCGAUAUGAAUCGAAGUGUUUUGAAUUUUCGAGCAUUUGCACAUAGUUUACAGAGUGAUAAUGAUAUAUCAAAAAUUCAACCUGAAGCUGACUUAUUAAAUUAUACAAUUCAUGUUCCUGUUGGAGUUGUAGGAGUAAUAACUCCAUGGAAUCUGCCUUUAUAUUUGCUUACAUUUAAAUUGGCUCCGGCUUUAGCAUAUGGAAACACAGUUGUUGCCAAACCAAGCGAGUUUACAUCAGUUACAGCUUGGAUGCUUUGUUCUGUUUUACAGGAAGCAGGAUUGCCACCAGGAGUAGUAAAUAUGGUUUUUGGUUAUGGUCACAAAGUAGGAGAAGCUUUAAUUAAACAUCCUGAAGUCCCUCUUAUAUCUUUUACUGGAAGUACCAAAACUGGAACUCAUAUUCAAGAAGUUGCUUCUUCACAAGUUAAGAGAUUAUCUUUAGAGAUGGGAGGAAAGAAUGCUGCAAUUGUUUUUGGUGAUGCUGAUUUAAAUAAAUGUUUGCCAGACUUAAUUAGAGCAAGUUUCUUGAAUUCAGGACAAAUUUGUUUAUGUACAAGCAGAAUAUUUGUUGAAAGAAACAUCUAUGAAAAUUUUAAACAAAAAUUUGCAGCAUUAGCCAAAAAUAUCAAAGUUGGUGUGCCACAAGAAGCAGAAUCAUGGAUGGGUCCCAUAAACAAUAAAUUACAAUAUGAAAAAAUUCAAAGAUAUUUAGAGAUAGCUCGUCAAGAAGGAGCAACAUUUUUGACAGGGAAUGAAACUUUAAACCUUCCUGCAGAAAACAAACAGGGUUAUUUUUUACCACCGACUGUAUUAACUGAUUUAUCUCCUGAUUCGAAAUGCAUGCAAGAUGAAAUAUUUGGUCCGGUUACUUGUAUUUUACCAUUUGAUACAGAAGAGGAAGUAGUGAAAUUAGCUAACAAUGUACAAUACGGUCUCUGCGCUUCUUUAUGGUCGCAGAAUGUUAGACGAAUUCAUAAGAUUGCCUACCAAUUAGAGGUUGGAACAAUAUGGUGCAACUGUUGGUUGAUUAGAGAUUUACAGAUGCCUUUUGGAGGCAUGAAAAUGUCUGGAAUUGGAAGAGAAGGAACGUUAGAUUCUAGAGAAUUUUUCACCGAAAAGAAAACAAUUUGUAUUAAAUAUGAUUGAUAUCACAGCAUAAAAUACUCUCUUAGAUCAUUAUUUUUUU